CAGCAGCUGAGGCCUGCAACUGCAAGGUAAGCUUCAAGCGCUCAACGAUUAGCUUGCCGCAAGCGAUGAUAGGAGGAAUAGGAACGGCCGUUCGUGCGGCGGCAAGAAGAUGCCCAUUCGACAGCUUUCGCCCCCGCAACCCGCUUAUUGCGGGCCAUGCCGUCGAUCGAUUAGCCGCCGGCGCCGCCGCCGGCAGAGUCCUCACGCAUCGUGAAAGAGACAAGUUAUAUCACAAUUGGCCCCGCCCUUGUUCUGCGGGCGCUUUCCAAUACGGUACCGCCGCGUUCCUCUACUCCGCGUGCUCCAGUACCAGCAGAAGCGAGGAAAAUGGACAGGGUGAAAAUGGCGGCGAGGGUGCAAUAGACGGGGUUAAGAGAACCAAUUUGGAAUCUUCUCUCAGGAAAAGCAAUUUUUCCGAAGCUUAUUCCGCUAUUGAACUCGCUUUGGACUCUGUUGUCAAGAUAUUCACACUCUCCAGCAGUCCUAACUACUUUCUCCCUUGGGUGAAUAAAGUGGACCGCGAAUCUACCGGCUCUGGCUUUGUUAUUCCUGGAAAAAGGAUUCUGACAAAUGCUCAUGUUGUGGCCGAUCAUAUCUUUGUACUAGUAAGAAAACACGGAUCCUCAACUAAGUAUAAAGCUGAAGUCCAAGCGGUUGGUCAUGAAUGUGACUUGGCUAUUCUAGUGGUUGAAGAUGAAAAAUUCUGGGAGGAUACAAACCCCUUGGAGCUUGGAGACAUUCCAUUUCUGCAAGAAGCGGUUGCUGUUAUUGGUUACCCUCAAGGGGGAGACAAUAUUUCUGUCACAAAGGGUGUUGUCUCAAGGGUUGAACCUACGCAAUAUGUGCAUGGUGCGAGUCAGCUUCUGGCAAUACAAAUUGAUGCAGCUAUUAAUCCAGGAAAUAGUGGAGGGCCUGCAAUCAUGGGUGACAAAGUUGUCGGCGUUGCUUUCCAGAACCUCUCUGGUGCAGAGAAUAUUGGUUACAUAAUUCCUGUCCCCGUAAUAAGACAUUUUAUAGCUGGAGUAGAAGAGAGCGGAAAUUAUGUAGGAUUCUGCUCUAUGGGAUUGUCAUGUCAACCUGUAAAAAAUGUGCACCUCCGUAAUUACUUCCGGAUGGGUCCUGAAUGUACUGGAGUACUUGUGACCAAAAUCAACCCACUUUCGGAUGCUUAUAGGGUGUUGAAAAUUGAUGAUAUCAUUCUUUCAUUUGAUGGUGUACCAAUAGCAAAUGAUGGAACUAUUACUUUUCGAAACAAUGAGCGAAUAACAUUUGAUCACUUAGUUUCUAUGAAGAAACCAAAUGAAACUGCAGAAGUCAGAGUACUUAGAAAUGGUGAAGAACUCCAGUUUUGCAUCAAACUUUUUCCAUUGAAACCUCUCGUUCCAGUUCAUCAGUUUGAUAGGCUUCCCAGUUAUUACAUUUUUGCUGGUCUGGUCUUCACUCCUUUGACACAACCAUAUCUUCAUGAAUAUGGGGACGACUGGUACAAUUCUUCGCCUAGGCGACUAUGUGAAAAAGCGACUUGUCGUAUACUAAAAUAGCGACUUGUCGUAUACUAAAACACCGUAGAAUACCUAGUGCUGUAUCUAGUGAUCUUAUCGACGAUGAUGAAAGCCCACAUGAUCUCAAGUUAGCCUGCUUAAGCUGUUGAUGCUUAUUACGGAGUAUAUUCUUUUUAAACAUUUUGUGAUCAAUCAAUCAAUGAUCUCUUU